GCUCUCGAGUGCGAAGAGCGUUUUAGGCUCACUCUUUGAAACCAACUGACCCAAACAUAAAUUCUACAACCAUGAAGCAUCUACGAGUGCCUUUGCCGCUAUCGUGGCCACUACUCCAGCCUACGUGCUGUCUUUCUCGACUGUGAAAACUCGUAGCAGCCACCGCUGGAAGCCCUCGUCUCCUCUGUCAGCAUCAUUUGCCGAGCCUGAAGAAGAAGGGCGACCUCUGUGGAUGCAAAUACUCAAUGAGAAACAGUCGACGACCGAUGUGUGGAAUCGCCUGGAAGCCGUUGCUGCUUCUAUCCAGGAGAAGAAUCCAACCAGCGGUGGCUUUCUCAACUUGCAAGCCGUCACAGCAGAGGACCCAGAUAUCAUUGGAGACCUGCAGGCCGCCAAUGUCAGCUUUGACUCUCCCAAAACCAUGGCUGAUCUGAUACUGGGGUAUCUAACGCAUGGCGCUGGGGGGUUCAUCACGUUUGUGCUUGUGAAUACGAUUCUGUUCCGGCUUUGUCUUUGCGGUUCUCCGCCGGGCAUUGCUGAUCUGAUUGCAAUCGCCGCCGCUCGGUUGUUUUGGGAAGCCCAAGAGUGGGCGGUUCACUCUGCAUGGUUUCAUGGCGAUGAAGAUGGACGUGCCAUGGACAUGUUCAAAAACCACGACCGUCACCACGACAUACCGUACUACCACCUUUCGGUGGAGCCCCUACGCCUGGCAGUGGUUUGGUUUUUCGUCGUGUUGGGAAUCUCCACGGCGGCUGUCAACGUUCUCGGUGCUUCUCCUGCCAUUGUGGCAACAUCGUUUGCUUCCUACCAGGCAAGCGCCCUGACGUACACAUUUCUGCAUGCGGUUUGUCACUCUCGUAUUCCCCUUCAAGGGUACCUGAAGAAUUGCAGAGAAAACCAUAUCAAGCAUCACAUUUCACCGACGCACCAUCUGAACAUGGGGCCAAACCGAAUUGAUAAGCUCAUGGGUACGGACUCCUUUGACGCGCGCCUUGCCAAGAAAACGAGAUUGUCCAACAUGACGAAAUGAUGCGGUUUAUAAGGGUUGCACGGACCAGUUUUAUAGAUAUAUUACUUUAGAUAUAACAUACAAGGGUUGCUUUGGGCACAGACCUACAUCGUAUCAGUGCCACGCUGUCUCAGAUAGAGGAUCUUACCUACUGGGUAACACAGUGAUGUUCUCCAGCUUACUCGGCUUAUAGCUUGGAUCCGU